AUGCGCCUGGAAGCCGCCUGCCUGCUGGCCUUCAUCGCCAGCGCCCUCGCGGCCGACCUCACCCUCUACCUCCCCUCCAAGCCCAACCCGUGGUCGCUGCCCCCCAGCACCCGCGCGACCCUCGACUCCCUCGGCGAGCACUACUCCGCCCCCAUCUCCUCCCUCAACACCUUCGUCUUCAAAAAUGUGACGGCCCCCGGGUCCUACCUCGUCGACAUCCACUGCGCCACCGACACCUUCAAGCCCCUCCGCGUCGACAUCGCCGCCGACGGCAAGGUCGACGCCUGGGAGACCUUCCGCGGCAACGACUGGGGGAACCGCGGCGAGGCCAUCCCCGUGCAGGACGGCGGGGCCGUCGAGGCCAGGUUCCUCAUCAAGAAGAACUACUUCCAGGAACGGCCCAAGUUCUCGGUUCUCACCAUCUUGAAGAACCCAAUGAUCCUGAUGGGUCUCGUCAGCAUGGGCAUCUUCAUUGGCAUGCCCAAGAUAAUGGAGAACAUGGACCCGGAGAUGAAGGCUGAGUUCGAGGCCAGACAGGCCGAGGGCCCUCUGAGCGCCUUGAUGGGUGGUGGCGGCAGCCGUGACCAAGGCUCGUUUGACAUGGCUGGAUACCUUGCUGGAUCCAAUAAGGAAGACGGCAACGGAGGCAAAAAGUCACAGGGAGUACGAAGGUAA